AUGAGCCGGAUACCCAAUGUCUGGGCCGCCAUCAUCAUUCCCGUGCCCGCGAGUGCCCUCGCUUUGGUUUUGCGCAUCAAGGCAAGGCGCAUGACAAAAAUGGGUGUUGGCUAUGACGAUGGUUUGUCCAUUGCUGCUUGGUUUGUGGCGCUUGGUUAUUCAAUUCUUCUCAUCGUCUGGACGACAUGUUACCACAUGGGUCGCAAGAUCGGACACCUACCAGACGCCGAGGUAGAUUACAUUCUCGUAAAGUCGCACGAGAUCCUUUUCGCAAGCGAGAUCCUCUACUCGUGGUCUAUUUUCCUCAGCAAAAUGUCCAUCCUGACAUUCUACCGGCGCCUCUUUCAGUUCUCAUCCAUACGCGUGCCAAUCAUCAUCCUCAUGGUGUGCAGUGGAAUUUGGAUCACAGUGAGAACAUUUAUGACCAUCUUCCACUGCAUGCCUGUUCAAGCAUACUGGGACAAGUCCAUCGAUGGAAAGUGUCUCAAUAAUAUUGGACAGUACUACCUCGGCACUGACUUGACGCAUUGUCUUAUGGAUUUCAUCAUUCUUGCGCUGCCACUCUUUGAGGUCGUAAGAAUGAAGUUGGUCUUUGGACAAAAGAUUGCUGUCAUUGGUAUUUUCAGUCUUGGUUCCUUGGUCGGAGUCGCCUCGGUCUUUCAAAUCGCCGAAGCACAGAAAUACACUGCUGCCUCUCGCGAAUUCCCCUUUGAGUUCUCGCUUGCCAUGGUUUGGGCCAAUGUGGAAACCCAUCUUGCCGUCUUUACCAGUUGUCUCGCCCUUCUUCGUCCCAUCUUCCGCAAAUUCAUCCCUGGUCUUUCAUCGGGCAACACGACAUAUCCCACCAACGGCCUCAGCCACCUAAGCAACACAAACAACCGAAACAGCAUCGCCCUGCGGCAAUCUCGCAGCCCCCACGACAUGGAGCACUAUGUCAUCGAGGGCCAACGUGCGUACUCCUAUCCGGACUAUGAUGCGAUCAGCUUACCGGGUGCAACAAAAGACGGCAAUUCAGUCUCAAGGCAUGGAUUCAUGCGGCAGCGCGAGGAGAGCAUGACAGAUACUGAUGUGUCGCCGGGAAUGUCACCGGGAAGAGGUUCUUUGUCUAGUGUGUGA